ACUACGUACUCUAUGUUCAGUUUCUAUAAAUACCAACAAACUUCAUUUGCUAUAUCACUACUCACUCACUCAUUCAUCAAUAACCAAAACCAAACAAUAAUUAACAAACUCAACAAUGGGGAUCCUUUCCUUUUUCUUCUACUCUCUCUUUUAUCUUUCAAUAUUUUUCAUCAUGAGACUUUUGUUCCAAUCAAGAAAAUUCAAAAACCUCCCACCAGGGCCAAACUCUCUUCCCAUAAUAGGUGAUCUCCACCAUCUCAAACGCCCCCUCCAUCGUACCUUUAAAGGACUCGCCAAGAAGUACGGCAACGUGAUUUCUCUUUGGUUUGGAUCACGUCUUGUCGUUGUCGUAUCUUCUCUAUCUGAAUUCCAACAAUGUUUUACUAAAAACGACGUUGUCCUAGCAAAUAGACCAAAAUUUUUAUCAGGAAAAUACAUUUUCUACAACUAUACAACCUUAGGAUCUACAGACUACGGUGAACACUGGCGUAACCUUCGUCGUAUUACUGCUCUUGACGUCCUUUCAAACCACCGGAUCAACAAUUUUGCUGGAAUCCGAAAGGACGAGACUCAAAGGUUGAUCACCAAGUUGGCUGAAGAUUCAUCUACUAAUUUUGCAGAAGUGGAACUCAGUUCCCGAUUCUUCGAUAUGACGUUUAACAACAUCAUGAGAAUGAUCUCUGGAAAGAGGUACUAUGGAGAAGAUUGUGACAUGUCUGAUCUUCAAGAAGCAAGUCAAUUUAGGGAUAUGGUAUCUCAACUAUUGCAAUUAUCAGGAGCAAACAAUAAGACUGAUUUCAUGCCAUUUCUUAAGUUUCUUGAUUUUGAAAACUUGGAGAAGAGAGUAAAACAUAUUGGAGAAAAAUGUGACGAGUUCUUGAAAGGACUCCUUGACGAGCAACGAAACAAGAAGGAGCGUACAAAUACUAUGAUAGAUCAUCUUCUAAAUAUGCAAGAAUCGCAACCAGAGUACUACACCGAUCAAAUCAUCAAAGGCCUCGCUUUGGGCAUGCUUCUUGCUGGAACCGACUCGUCGGCUAUAACUUUAGAGUGGUCGAUGUCUAACAUUUUGAACUACCCAGAAGUAUUGCAGAAGGUGAGAGAUGAAUUAGAUACUCAUGUUGGCCAAGAUCGUUUGGUAGAUGAAUCAGAUCUUCCAAAACUCACUUACCUUAAAAAUGUCAUCAACGAAACUCUUCGCUUAUACACUCCUGCUCCUUUGUUAUUACCCCACUCGACUUUAGACGAGUGUGUUAUUGGAGGAUACAAAGUACCACGAGACACCAUAAUAUUGAUCAAUGCUUGGGCCAUUCAUAGAGACCCUGAAACAUGGAGUGAAGCCACGACUUUCAAACCCGAGAGGUUCGACAAAAAAGGAGAGUCGGAGAAGUUGAUUGCGUUUGGGAUGGGAAGAAGGGCAUGUCCGGGAGAAGCCUUGGCUAUGCGUGCAAUUAGCAUGACUUUGGCAUUAUUGGUUCAAUGCUUUGAUUGGAAACUUACAGGUGAUGGGAAGAUUGAUAUGUCAGAGCGAGAUGGUUUCACCUUAACAAAAUUGGUACCAUUAAAGGCUAUGUGUAAAACUCGUCCCGUCAUCAACAAGCUUCUCAAGUACUAGUUAAUUCACUUUCUAUUCGAUAGUACUAUAGUACGGUUCUUUGAUUAAAAUUUGAUGAUAAUUAUAUGUUCAUUUUCUGGGAUAUGGUAGUAAGUAGUAUUAUACUCCUAUAUGCUUGCUCAAAUCAAUCAGUGUAACUUUUUCUUUGCAUUUCAUUAGUAAUUUUCAAAAUUUUGUCUUCAGAUCAUAUUUUUUUUAGUUAAUUCUGUAUUUGGAGU